AAGUCUGAGUCAGAUUUGGGGCGCCUGGUUGGAAAGGCUGAAUGGAGAGGUCCAUUUGGACACACAGCUUGAGCCUUGAAUGCCAAGCCCAGAGGCUUAGACUCAGUGCCGCGACAGAGGUGGGGAAGGCGGGUGGGGAGGCAUCGCAGAGUUCUGCCAUUUGUUUUUCAAGGAUGAUGUGAUCCCGCUGCCCAGUUUCCCCCACUGGAAAUCUCGGUCUCCAGGGUUCCCAACCAAACCUGGGCACUCAGAUCUUUCUGCCUGGUUCCUUCUGGCCCUCAAUCCUGAAGCUGCCCGGCCCUUUAAAUCUCAACUGUCAAUCGGGGCUCCUGUUUAGAGGGAAAGCCGUGUAAUGUACCUAUCCCUGAAUACCAUGGCCUCUGUCCUGGCCUUGAUCCUCCGUUUUAGCAAGAAGUUGGGAAUUGUUCUACGCUCUCUUACACUCCGCUGUUUCCACACCCCCUUCACCUCUCGCCUACUCCUCCCUCUUUCGAAGUUAGGCCCCUUCGCCAAGCCAUUCCUUAUAUGGGCACGGCCCCGAACGGCAGCCGCUCAUUGGCUGGGGGCGUCACGCGCGCGUCUGUCAACAAAGGGGCGGAGAGAAAGUAGUCGCGCGCCACCACGCGACGUCCGGAGAGAAGGAGUGAGGGGGCGGGCCCUCUUCACUGGUGCGCGCAUGCGUAUGUGCUGCCUCCCUCUCCCGCCGCAGGGGGGCGGGGCUCGAGGGUGGCCUGCGGAGCCUCCCCUGACCAUCCAAGCAGGUCCUGAAAUGCGGUGAACCCCGGCCUGUCUGCUACCGUUUCCCAGGAUGGACCGCAGCGGCCUCCUGCCCUUCCAGCUCUGGUGCCCCCGGCCCUUUGGCACCUACUCCCAGAACCAGCCGCGCCCGCCUGCCGCGGCCCUCAAGCCAUCAGCCUGCCCAGAGCCGGGCAGCGGGGCCGAGCCAGACCACGGGCCUGCCCACUCAGAGAACACCCCGCCCACCUUGGCCACGGAGGCCCCUGCCUCCCAGCCUGCCCCGCUCCUCUCCGCAGCAGCUGCUGGCGAUGAGGGGCGAGUCCUGCUGGACACGUGGUACGUGAUCAAGCCCGGGAAUACAAAGGAGAAGGUGGCCUUCUUUGUGGCCCACCAGUGUGGUGGGGGCAGCCGGGCCAGCUCCAUGAAGGUCAAGGGGCACUGGGGCAGUGACAGCUCCAAGGCCAAGCGGAGGAGGCGCUGUCUUGAGCCUACUAAGGCUCCACCGGACCCAGGGGGCCGAGAGGGGCCCCCUGCCACUGAAGGGGCCCCAGCCUCAGCUGGUGAAGAUGUAGACCUGCUCUCUGUGGCUGAGAUGGUGGCCCUGGUGGAACAGCGGGCCGCCCUGGCCCUGCAGAACUACCCACGCCCCAGCACCCCGGCGCCUGUGGUCUUCGUGUCGGCUGAGCAGGGUGGGCCUGCCAAAGGGCUGGGGUCCGAGCGGAGGUCUGGUGGCGGGGACUGCAGCCGCGUAGCUGAGGCAGUGGCCCACUUUGAGGCCCAGCGGGACAGCCCUCCAGCCAAAGGCCUCCGCAAAGAGGAGCGGCCUGGGCCCGGCCCAGGGGAGGUGCGCAUCGCCUUUCGUAUCUCCAACGGCCGAGAGCCCCGGGCGCCCGACGGCAGCUUGCCCAACGGGAGCAGCGGCCGGCCCGGUUGUGCCUACCCUGGCAGCCCAGGCCCCGGGGCCCGAGCCAAGGACAAGAUCACCUGUGACCUGUACCAGCUCAUCAGCCCCUCUCGGGAUGCCCUGCCCAGCAAUGUGGAGUUCCUUCUGGCUCGGGCGGAUGAAGCCAGCGAAGGGGAGAGCCCGGUCCCUGCCAGGCCUGAGGACACUCCCCCGGCGCCCCCUCCACCCCCUGCCCGGGACUGCGGCGCGUCAGGCUUCCACGUGGACGUGGUAGUGACGGGUGUGGUGGACGAGUGCAUCUUCUUUGGCAAGGAUGGCACCAAGAAUGUGAAAGAGGAGACGGUGUGCCUGACGGUCAGCCCCGAGGAGCCGCCCCCACCGGGCCAGCUCUUCUUCCUCCAGUCCCGGGGUCCGGACGGGCCCCCCGAGCCGCCCCCAGCCGACUCCCCCACCACCGCGCCAGGCCCGGACGACGCUGAGGGGACAGCGGACACCUCCCUGUGCCGCCUGUAUCGGCACGUGUCGCACGACUUCCUGGAGAUCCGCUUCAAGAUCCAGCGGCUGCUGGAGCCGCGGCAGUACAUGCUGCUGCUGCCCGAGCACGUACUGGUGAAGAUCUUCAGCUUCCUGCCCACGCGGGCCCUGGCGGCCCUCAAGUGCACCUGCCACCACUUCAAGGGCAUCAUUGAGGCGUUCGGUGUGCGGGCCACAGACUCGCGCUGGAGCCGCGACCCCCUGUAUCGCGAUGACCCUUGCAAGCAGUGCCGCAAGAGAUACGAGAAGGGUGACGUGUCGCUCUGCCGCUGGCACCCGAAGCCCUACCACCACGACCUGCCUUACGGACGUUCCUACUGGAUGUGCUGCCGCCGAGCGGACCGCGAGACACCUGGCUGCCGCCUGGGUCUGCACGAUAACAACUGGGUGCUGCCCUGCAACGGGCCGGGCGGGGGCCGGGCCGGCCGGGAGGAAGGGAGGUGAAGCCGGGGGAGGGGUGGGGGGAGAGCCCACCGUGCCCACCCCUCCCCCUGCCCCCUGGGAGCCCAGGGCCAGGACUGGGUCACCCUCCAGGCGGUGUUGAUCCCCUUCCAGAACCGAGAUGGGGUUCAGGGGGAUGAUUGAGAAGGCACUCCGAUCGACCAACCCCUAUUGGUUUUCUACUCUUCAGACCCAGGGCCCGUGGACCCCUCGAGCAGGGUGGUUUUUAUCAGCAUCUCAGUUUCUUCUCCGUUCAGCCCCAACACCCUCCUUGCCACUCUACACCCCAGGGACCCACCAGCAGGGAGCAGACGGCAGCUAAUUUUGGUACUACUUAAGGGUUCCCCCAUUCUGGCCCCCUUCUGCUGCACCCCCCGCCCCCAUCCCAUGCCAGCCAGUUCUUUGUCUCUGGAGCUGUGUUCUCCCAAGAGGCUGCAGCAUGCAAAGCCAGUAUCUCUCCUGACCUGCCACACCAGGGCUCACCUCCUCUUUAGGAAUUGGGGGCCAUCAGAUCACAGAUCAGAUGUGGCACUUUUCACGGCAACCUGCCAUUUCUAGAUGUUUUCCCCAUUAAAACAAUAAAAAAAAAAAAAUCACUGUUUUCUUCUUAAUCUAAAGCUACCAGUCUCUUCGCUUCCCCUAAAGAAGAGAAAAUAAAGCUGAAAUAUAAAAAUUCCCCAUCUCCCAUUAUUUAAACUAUUGCCAUCGCUUCUCUACCCACCCCCCCC